AAAACUGGACCGGUCCUUAUACAAUAGUAAAAAUAAACAACAAAAGUGCAGACCUCCAAUCAAAAACAGCUUUUUUGCCAAAAAUCAGCACAGACCAACUGAAAAUAUUCCUGGAAUCAGAACCCAAAAUUCUACAUAACUUCAAAAAAACAGAAAAACAGGACUUCACCACCAUUCCAUCUGUUGUGGAUCCAGACAUCACCACACAAACUGCAGAAGAUCCUGCCUCAACCAUUCCAUCUGUUGUGGAUCCAGACAUCACCACACAAACUGUAGAAGAUCCUGCCUCAACCAUUCCAUCUGUUGUGGAUCCUUACUCUGCUUCUGAUUGUAUGGAAGCAGCUAUGGAUCCUGGUGUGAGAACACUAUCUGGCUGUGCGAAAGUAGAACAAUAUAUUCGGAAAGCCUGGGAUGGCACUACAGCAGGUAUAAUUCUGUCCAAAAUAGGUCCUUAUAAAUUAUUUUACUCGGACAUAUGUCGAACAGCACCAGGAAGGGAACUGGAGAGCGAGGUGAUCAAUGCCUACAUGAAGCUUUUGGAGAAAAAACUUAAUACAUCCUCUGCCGAGAAAGUCAUGUGUAUUGACUCUUUUGCCAUGACUGAUGUGUGGCAUAAGAAAUUUCCACRCUUCAAGUGGGAUCCCACAGACUACAAAACUUUAUACGGCAUUGUUAAUGACAACCAUCACUGGUUUGCUGUUAUUAUAUAUCCAAAACAGAGAAAAUCUCUUCUUCUGGACUCACUUGGGGAAGGUAGUCAGAAGUUGAGGAAAUGCCAAGAUAUAUCAAGAGCUUUUCUGAGGAAUCAGGGCAUGAAUGUGUCAAGAUGGGAAUGCACCACACUUCCACAUCCCCUGCAACCUGACUCAAAUUCCUGUGGAGUGUUUGCCAUAAAGUUUGUUGAAAAAGUUCUGAUGGGACAACAGCCUGUUUUUCCUGCUGGACCCAAGGAUGUGGAAAUGCUACGUUGGCAGAUUUCAGUGAUUCUCUUGGAGGCCUCAGAUGACUUGACAUCUAUCUGCUGCAUCUGUGGACAUGAAGAGGUGGAUGACUCCCAAGAUAAUAAGACCAUUAUUUGGACUGUGCUGGCUAAGGAGUUCCACAAAGCUUUACUGGCAAUUUGA